AUGUCCAAUAAAUCACAUAUAAAUGAUGACGAUGAAGCACAGGCAAUAACUUCUGACAAACCAAAUCAAUAUGAAAUACGUCCAAUGAAUGAAACUGAUCUUUCGAUAGUCGUUGAAAUUGAAAAAAUGGUCUGGAGCGAUGAAUCAUGGGAUUUGGAAGAUUUUUCCGAUUUUUUUAAUGAUCCAUUGUCAAGUUGUUGGAUACUUGAAAAUGCCAACAGUGCACAAUCAAUAGUUGGAUAUGGUUUACAAUCUCUACCAGAUAAUAAAUCACUAGGGGUGGCGCGAGGCAGCCAACAUUGGAGGGGUGUACCGAAAUUUUUUGAAUUUUUGAGGCGUGUAGCAUUAUCUUUGGUGAAAAACCUAAGAAGAUUUGUCGCUUUUCUUCAGCAAAAAAUAGAAAUUUUUGAAGAUUGGGGGGGGGGGGUGUUACACCCUCGACAUCCCCCCGGUCGCGCCACCCCUGUGAAUCACAUAUAACAAAUUUAACUCUUCAUCCUAGUCAAUGGGGACGUGGCUUAGGUGGUCUACUUUUACGUCAUAUGAUAAAGCAUGCUCGUCUAUCUUGCGCUGUGAGAAUGAGUCUUGGUGUUAAUACAUCAAAUGAACGUGCAUAUAAACUAUAUUUUAAUCAUGGAUUUCGAAUAUCUAAACUACUUCCGAAAUAUUAUUCUGGAGGUUCCGAUGCUUAUUGUAUGAUA